GCCUAAAGAAAUAUUUUCUAGAUCCAGGCCUACUUGGAUUGUGACUUCCUUUUCCGGUUAGGGUUCCCCAAGACCCAAGCUAUCGAGGAGUCGAAGUGUUUAAAAACUUCGAUUUUAAUUUACAAUGGGGUUUGUCAAGGUGAUUAAGAACAAGGCCUACUUUAAAAGGUUUCAGGUCAAAUUCAAAAGGAGGAGAGAGGGAGUUACUGACUACUAUGCCAGAAAACGCCUUAUUUUCCAAGAUAAGAACAAGUACAACACUCCAAAGUAUCGUAUGAUUGUCCGUUUUACCAACAAGGAUAUCAUAUGCCAGAUAGCCUAUGCUCGUAUCGAAGGUGAUGUGAUUGUAUGUGCUGUGUAUUCUCACGAAUUACCUAGAUACGGUGUGAAGGUCGGGUUAACCAACUAUGCCGCUGCUUAUUGCACAGGUCUUCUACUAGCCAGGAGAUUGUUGAAGAAGUUCAACUUGGACCAAACUUAUGAGGGACAAGUGGAGGCAAAUGGAGAAGAGUUCAAUGUCGAAGAUGUUGAUGGGGCUCCAGGUGCAUUCCGUGCCUAUCUAGAUGUUGGAUUGGUGCGCACAACAACUGGUGCAAGAGUUUUUGGAGCUUUGAAGGGGGCUGCUGAUGGUGGAAUUGAUAUCCCACACAGCACACGCCGUUUCCCUGGUUAUGACAAAGAAUCCAAGGCUUACAAUGCUCAGACCCACCGUGAUCAUAUUUUUGGAAAGCAUGUGUCCAACUACAUGGCAUAUCUUCAGGAAAAUGAUGAGGAAGCUUACAAGAGACAGUUCUCUCAGUUCAUCAAGAAUGGAAUUACAGGAACUAAGGUUGAGGAAAUGUACAAGAAAGCACAUGCAGCCAUUAGAGCUGACCCUGAAUCUAAGCCAGCCGCCAAAAAGGAAGUUCAGAAGAAGAGGUGGAACCGUGUGAAGUUAUCCAAUGCCCAGCGCAAGGCACGUGUUGCACAAAAAAAAGAAGCUUUCCUAAAGACAUUGACAGCAGAAGCUGCUGAAUAAAUCUGACAAUAUUAACUACGAAAUAAACUUGAUUCUUUCUGCUUA